AUGGCUCAAUAUCAUCAAGGAAACACAAUUACCGACGAUUUUGUCUUGUCCUCAUCACCUGCUUCUUCGAUUACCAUCAGUAGAGAAUCCUAUGAUUUGUAUUGUUGUUUAUUGAAUAGUGCUGCUCAAAGUCAUCGAUCGGAGAGUGUUCUUACGCCAUUUCCGAGUACUUUUAUAAAGAAUUCAAAAAAAGAUUAUGAUCGGUUGAGAGAAGUGUUAUCAGUCAUGCCUUCAUGUGAUAAAGUAUUCGUAGAACCAUUUUGUCAAAACGGAAAUGAUAUUACUUUUAAUUACAAUACAGAUACAGAUUUAUCUCAAUUAAUUUUAGAUUUGAUCAACCAUAUUUACAGAAAUCUCGUGAAUCAUGGGUUGGAAAAGAAAAAAAUUUCACAAGAAGAAAUUAGAGAUGUCUUUGAAUUUAUUUUGAAAAAGCAAUGCAACAAGAAAUUUUCAGUACACUAUGUGUCCUAUCAACAAUAUUUAAAAUGUAACAACAAACCAUUACUACUGAAGCCAGAUCACAUUUUUGAAUUACGAUACAGAAAUAAUGAUUUUGACAACAGCAGUACUGAUUUUUAUACAGGCUUUCAUGGAAGCUCUAUUGAAAAUUUUUAUUCCAUCGUCACAAACUCAUUACAGAACAUGUCUGGUACAAGUCACAUGAAAACUGGAAAUGCAUUUGGGAAUGGAGUUUAUCUUUGUGAAGAUUUGAGAGUGGCCCGCGACUUCUCAAAGGGUGCUGUGAUUAGUUGGGAAAAUUCAAAGCUUGGAAGCCAUUUAUCAGCAGUUGUUCAAUGCAAGGUUAUUGGAAAGAAAGAAUAUGCAAUGAAAACAUCUUCCAAUGACGAGAAUAGAUAUUUAAUUGCGCAAAACAGUAGUGAUUUAAGAAUUCAGUAUGUCCUCAUAUUUUCCCAUUUCAAAGAUGAAAAUGAACUGAAAAGAUCCCACAACUUUUCGCGUGGAAUGAUUUACUUUUACAUUAUCCUACUGAUCGCAGUAAUUGUUGGGAAUUAUUGGAAAGAUAUUAAGAGAGAGCUCAAGAGAUUGUCCCCAUAA